AUGGAUGGAUCUAACCUCCCUUUUGUACCUGUGAAUGAAGAUAGAGACGAGGAACUUGAUGAUCAGAUUUUAUUUUUAGUGAGUGCGAUUGACUCAUUAGACGACAAUGAAAACACCAAAAUGCCGCAACGCAACUUGCCAUUACGAUGGGCCAUGUACAUAACAUACAUGUUGAACGGUCACCCAGUGCCGUGUUUUCAAAUGUUUUGUAUGGAGCCACCGGAUUUUAUAUCUUUGUGUUUUGAGUUGAGGGAGCGCCAGUUCAUAGAAAGUACAAGGAACCUUGAUGUUGAGGAAAGUGUCACUAUAUUUCUUUUGCUUACUGGGCACUGCCAAGGGCAGCGGAUCGCUGCAGAUCACUUUCAACACUCCACGGAGACAAUAAACCGACAUUAUAAUAAGGUGUUGAGAGCAAUAGGCUAUCUGGCCAAGGUCUACAUCAAAGUGAGACACAGGACUAGGGUGUACCCACAUGUACGCGAUAAUCCUAAAUAUUAUCCUUGGUUCAAGGAUUGUAUUGGUGCAGUCGAUGGCACACACAUAAAGGCACAAAGCACCAACGCCUCUUUGGGAACCGCGAACGAUGGCCGCAUUUUUAAGGAUGCUGUUACAACUGACCAAGGCUUUGAGUGGCCUAUAGAUGGGCACUAUUAUGUGGCUGAUUCUGCAUACUCAUGCAUGCAAGGUUUCUUGCCUCCUUAUAAAGGGGAGAGGUAUCAUCUCUCCCAUUUUCGUAAUAGGCCUCUACCCCGUGGAUACAAGAAACUGUUUAAUUUCAGACACUCCUCACUACGAAUGAUUAUUGAGAAUUGCUUCUCCAGAUUGAAGAGGAGAUGGCGUAUUUUAUACGAAUUGCAUAAGUACUUAUUGCCACGUCAACCUGGCAUUAUAAUGGCAUGCUGUACACUGCACAACUUCAUCGGGACACAUAAUCCAAAUGAUCAAAUAUUCAACGGCACUGAUGCAGCAGAACCAGGGAUGAAUGAGCAACCUUAUGCAUAUGGCAAUGAUGAUGAGGCAGGCCCCUCACAUUCAGGACAGUAUGACUUCUCAUUUGAAGCUGGUAUUGAAAUGGCCAAUUUUAGAGAAGGCAUUGCACAAGUAAUGUGGGAUAAUGCACAUGGAAACGAAGAUGGAGAUAAUUAA